AUGGUGUUUCAUCGGGUGCACACAAUAAAGCUGCGCUCUGGUAUUCUGUUUCCAUCCGCCGUUCAACCGUUUUACUGUCGUUGUUCAGUUCCUUUCCGUGGUGUGACAGAUGAGGUGACUGCACGAAUCUGCAAGGCUCGGGCCGCGUGCGCCAAUAUGAGACACAUAUGGCGUCAGAGUGAUGUAUCCCUAAAUCACAAGGGACGUGUGCAUCAAGCUACAAUGCAGGCUGCUUCACUGUAUGGCUGUGCGCCUUGGCCUAUUCGAGCAGCGGAACUGAGAAGUCUUCAGGUUUUCGACAAUCGUUGUCUCAGAACCAUAGCUCGUCCAAUCAGAAUGGAGGAUAGGCCUGCGCGACAUCCUGUAGCCGCAGACGAAGCGGGCAAUUCUGUUCCCGUGGAUGAUCAUUCGCGGAUGGCUGAGAAGGAACUCGCGGAAGAUGCCCAAUGGAAGCUUAUGCAACGCAAUACAUUCACAAGAUGGGCUAAUGAACAUCUCAAAAAGGCGAACAUGCACAUUGACAAUCUAGAAACAGAUCUUUGCGAUGGUCUACGGCUCGCCGCGUUGGUGGAAGUGUUAACGAAUCAUAAAUUUAAACAGCUUAAUAAGAAGCCUACAUUCCGGACUCAAAAGCUUGAGAAUGUUACUAAGGUUCUGAAGUUUCUCGAGGACAAUGAGAAGCUGCGGCUCGUGAGCAUAGAUAGCACCCACAUCGUUGAUUCGAACAUGAAACUUAUCUUGGGUCUAAUCUGGACUUUGAUAAUGCAUUAUUCGAUCUCCCUACCAAUGUGGGAUGGUGAUUCAGCGAUCCAGGAUGAUAAAGGACCGAAACAACGUCUACUGGGAUGGAUCAAACAGAAAAUGCCCGAGCCGCCUAUAAAAAAUUUCACCACAGACUGGAAUAGCGGAGUGGCCAUUGGUGCACUGGUGGAUUCGUGUGCACCUGGGUUGUGUCCAGAUUGGUGUAAAUGGGAUCCUCGGCACUGUUUGAAGAACGCAACAGAAGCAAUGACCAUGGCUGAGGAAUGGCUGAAUGUCCCCCAGCUUAUUCGGCCAGAAGAAAUGAUCAAUCCCCGCGUGGAUGAGAAGGCUAUGAUGACUUACAUAAGCCAGUUUCCGAGCGCACACCUAAAAGAAGGUGCACCGCUCCGGCCAAAACUUGAUCCCGGGCGUGUUCGCGCAUAUGGUGCUGGACUGGAGCACAAAGGAAACAGGAUAAACCAGCCUUGUCGUUUCAAUGUGGACACUGCUGAGGCUGGGAGUGGACAACUUGAAAUAAUUCUACUCAACCCUAAAGGUGUGAGAAUUCCAUGUGAAGUCGUCCCUGAUAAGAACGCAUCUUACAGUUGCACCUACCAGCCAACGAUGGAAGGAGAGCACCGAGUGAUUAUCAGGUAUGCCGGGCAGGAAAUUCGUGGUUCACCGUUCUCCGUUUCUGUGGAACCACCGAUUGGCGAUCCGCUGAAGGUCAUCAUCAGCGGUCCAGGAAUACAACCAACUGGCGGCAACAGCGUUGGACGCCGCAGUUACUUCACUGUCGAUACUAAACGCGCUGGCAUGGGUACUGUUGAGUGUUUCGUGGUGGACCCGCACGGACGUCGUGAUUCGGUUGAACCACGGAUAACGCAGCCCGAAGGUGAAGGUGUCUUCCUUGUUGAGUACACGCCAAGAGACGUUGGACGCCACCAAAUUUUUAUCAAUUUCGGCGGUCAAAAGCUACCUAAUUCCCCCUAUGUUGUUACUGUCGGUCCACCUGCUGCAGUCGCUGCUCUCUCAGCGAUCGUCACGAUGGUAGAACAAGUGCCAAAGUCAAGUUCAAAUGGAGAGAAAACGAAACAUGACAUCACCGUGGUCACACCACCAAUCAGUAGACUCCUGUCUGAUAGGUUACAUUCUCCGUUAGCACUGGUGUCGACAGACGUGUUGCAUGCUGAGCAACUCAAUGGUCCGAGUGAGCAAACGGAAAAACUCCAGCAUUCCUCCAAAGAUUUGACGAAAUCGAAUGGCACAGUUCAGUGCAAUGGUCAGCACACAGCUGUGGAGAAUGGUCACAAUGUAUCGCAAGACACAAAUCACAUGAACGUUUACUUGGCUGUGGAUCUGCAUGCGGUUUACCUUCGUGGUCAAGGUAUUCUACCGUGUUUCGAUAGGCUUCCUUGUUCGUCAAUGACAUCGUCGUCCUCUGAUUUUCUCCUCGUAGGUGCAGAGUCGCCAGUAGGCAAUGGAAUACACGACUCAUCAUCACUUUGUCACGGUGAAACGUUUUGCGCGACAGGCCAAAAUGUUGAAAAUGCAUCAAAUCCUGACCACGUCGCUUUGCCAGACUCAGAAUUCAUGGAAUCUGUUUGGCAGCUGCGCGAAGAUAAGCCCCGAGAAUUUAACCCGGAAUUCGCCUAUGCGACCGGAAGGGGUGUGAGACCACGUGGAAUCCGUGCACAGGACAAAGUAGAAUUUCAAAUACAUACUGAACGAUGUGGUAACCAAGCUUCACUUCUGGCCACCUUGAUUCGCCAAAAUGGAGAAACCGAGCAAGUUGCUGUGGAACAAUUAGACAAGGACACAUGGAACUGCAGUUACAUUCCUCGUCGUCCUGGAAAAUAUUGUCUGCGUGUGCUCUAUGGCGGAGUCGAUAUUCAAAAUAGUCCAUUUGAGAUCAUUGUGGGUCCACACAAAACUUCCGCCAUCAAGGCCACCGGUCCCGGUCUGGUCGCCGGUGUAGUCAAUCACCCGAUAAUUUUUUCAGUUUCUUGCCGCGAACAAAGUAGCAAGAUAGGAUUCUCCAUCGAAGGUCCAAGUGAGGCACGUAUGGAUUGUUUCAAUCACGGUGACGGAACAGCUCGUGUCACUUACUGGGUUACUCAACCGGGAGAGUACGCCGUGCAUAUUUUAUACGAAGACGAGGAUAUACCGGGCUCACCAUACAUGCCCAAUAUACUGCCUGAUUCGAGCGAUGUGUUUGCUGAUCGGGUCCGCGUAUAUGGCCCAGUGAUUGAAAUGGCGAAAACGAAAUUCGCACUUGGCAAACCAGUUGAAAUGUACAUAGAUGGUCUGAAAGAGGCGUUGUCCACUGUCGCGCAGAGAACAUUGGCAGAUCAGAAGUUGGAUUCUGUUCUACAUAUUGAAUGUCAUGACGCGCUCGGAACUUCUGUGCCAGUGCGUUAUGUGCGCCGAGCUGAUGGCUCAAUUGUCUACUCAUUUACUCCAACAACACCUGGAACAUACACCAUUUUCGCUACGGUCCUUAAUAUCCCACUUAAGGGAUCGCCGUACAGGGUAAAUAACUUUGGCCGACCUGUGCAAGUCGACCUAUCCAGGCAGGCUGACGGCGUAUAUCGAAUUGAGUACUGCCCUCCACCUAAUGUCUCUGAUAUUUACUUCACUCCAAUGUUGGGUUCCAUACCAGUUUCGAAAAGCCCCUUGCAUGUAAUGGUGCGGCCUGCGUUUGAUACAAGUUCAAUCAGAAUCAUUGGUUUGGAACAAACGGUACCCAUCAACACUGAGCAACAGUUUAACGUUUUGACCUGCCGGCCGGCAUCUUCUUAUGUGGUUUCACUGCUGUCCGUGGAAGAUCCACUGGUUUCAUUGCCGUGUAAGGUUACUGAAACAACUGACGGGCUACUUGUUACUUUCAAAGCACGAGAAAGCGGAGUUUUCCAGGCAUCCAUCUUUUCUGGCGGACAAACCAUAACCGAUCCAGUCACCUUCACUGUGAUUAAUUCCCAGCGCGUGCACGUGAGUAUUUUCGCAAACGACAAAAGUGACAUACCCGAAGGGACCAAUGGGUUUGAUCUUCGUCCUUCAGAGACUGAACUACCCACCACCGUAGGCGUUGUUAGCAAAGAAAUUAUGAAACCCCGUUUUAUAAGUUUCGACUCUAGAUAUAUGAAGGCGUUUUGUCUUACUGAGAGUGAUGUUCCUCCUUCUGAGAAAAAUUUUGUAGCGGAAGUCUCAUGGGACUGCUCUUUGUUGAAAAAAGCAAACUUUAAUGAUUGUCUUCGUCCGGCUGAGGAGACAAGUGCCAGCAUAUGUAAUACCCACACCUCCCCGGACCAGUGUACUAAAUCGAAUGAGCCACCUUCUAAUGCUUCUGGUGAAUCAUCAUUGGACGGCUUCGCAGUUAUGGCAUCGCUAACGAAACCAGGUAAAGAUGAUCCCCCGGUCCGAAAACUGUUUAACGUUAGAAUAACAGGGAGAAGUGAAACAGACUGUCAAGAUGAAUCCUUAUUUUCGGAGAACGUGGACAUACACCAAAUAAUGACCUACACAGUCCUCACGGACCCCGUGAUGCAGCAGCUGGAACAUCAGUCUUCAACUACUCAACUGAUAGACGGAUCAGCAUUAGCGAAAGGCGAAUCCGACGACACAACAGGGAGUGACGGGAGUAGUUCCAACUUUGGCCGUUAUCCACCACGCCCAUUCAUUACAGACAUUGAGAAGUCCUGUUUCACUUUAGCUUAUCGGGCUUUCCAUUCUUCACUCAAUCACCAGACCGUCCUGGUUGCAAAGAGCAGCUGGCCACAGUGUCUUCCAGACCACCCAGCUUCUACUGUGACGGCAGCUGGCUCUGGUCUUGAAAGAGCUGUAGCCACUCAAAUCUCCGUAUUCACCAUCGAUAGCCGUAGCGCCCCACCAGCCCCUCUUGGUGUGACGGUGACUGGUCCCAGCGAGGCGAAAAUCAUCUGUAUCGACAAUGGAGAUGGAACAUGCGAUGUCUCAUACAAUCCUCCUUUGCCCGGGCGCUACACAAUCAGUGUAAUCUAUAAUGGAGAAGCCCACAUUUCAGGAAGCCCGUUUUUUGUUCAGGCAUACCCAGUUGGUAAAAUCGACCUGAGCACAGAUGAAAUCCGCACACACGGUGUUGGGGUUGAAGCAGACGGGGUCUACAAAGCUUCUUAUGUGAAAUUCACUGUGGACGCUUCAGAAAUCGAUAAGGUUGGUGAAGGUGUGAUUUCGGCAAUUUUAACCGCACCGGACGGCGAGCGAUUAGCUUGUCAAACGACGAACAACAACGACGGAACAUACACUUGUAGCUACACCCCUCUGGAGGAAGGCGCCCACCAAAUUGACGUUAGUUACGAAGGUGUUCAGGUACCAGGAAGCCCGUUUAAUAUUCGCGUUAUUCCUGGAUGUGACCCAAACAGGGUAAAAGUUUACGGUAAAGGUUUGGAGAACGGACCACAUCUGUGUCCCGGAGAAUCCGCCGAAUUCACCGUCGACCUUACGGGUGCCGGUCAGGGUGGCUUGGGUUUGGCCGUUGAGGGUCCUAGCGAAGCUCCCAUCAGGUGUCGUGACAAUCGGGAUGGAACGUGCACGGUCUUUUAUACACCCAAGGAACCAGGACAAUAUUCGAUUUUUGUGAGAUUCAACGAUACGAACGUUCCAAAUAGUCCAUUUUACGUGGAUGUGAAGACCAAAGUUGACCCAAGCCAAGUUCAGUGCUACGGCCCUGGUCUGGAGUCCGGACUAUUACGAGCCGGUUGGCCGGCCUAUUUCACAGUGGACACAAAGAAAGCUGGCGAUGCCAAAUUGCAAGUUCGGUACACACCUAAACCUGGAGGAGAAACGCGACCAGCGCAUAUCCAGCCCUUAGGUGCCGCUGCUGGGAAAGACAUUUCCCAACCUCAGCACUAUCAUAAGAUCACCUACACCCCCGAAGCAGAAGGAUUGUGUCAUAUCGAGGUUCUGUACGACGGGGAACAUGUUCCUGGAUCUCCUUUCUUGGUUCAGAUUCGGAAAUCUUGUGAACCGGAGCGCGUACGUGUCCUUGGACCUGGAGUAGAUGGUCCUGUGCUGGCCAGCCUGCCUGUCACCUUCACAGUUGAUGCUCGAGAUGCUGGCAUGGGUGAUCUGACUCUCGGACUGACUGAUCCAAGGGGACAGUCUGUACCUGUUCGUGUCGUUCCUCUGCCUGUGGAUAACGAGUCCAUCGUGACGAAUGGUGCGGUCCCUUCUGUGACCAGUUUAGCCUCCGGUGAUGUCAGUGACACCGGGCUGUUGUCUUGUACUUACGAACCAUACUUAGUCGGUCCGCACAACAUUCAUGUCAUGUUUGCCGGAGUGGAGGUGGAUAACAGCCCUUUCGUUAUCCAGAGCGUUCCAACUGGCCGAGCGGAUCUGUGUUCAAUAGAAGAUCCGAUUAGUGAAAUCGUCCCUAUCGAAACGGAGAACGUGAUUAGAGUCAACAUUGCUCAAGGUGGCACUGGUCGCCUUACUUGCCAGGUGGUUCAACCUGCCACGAAACCGGGCGUUUCAGCUACUUUGCUACCUGUGGAGUCUGAGGAGAACAGUGAUGGUAUCGUUAGCGUGUAUUACACUCCGAAACAGUUGGGUGAACUAUGCGUGGAACUGCGGUUCGGUGGUCAGCUGAUUCCCGGUGGCGAAUUCACGCAAAAGGUUGUCACCCGCGAGGAGGCUGCCAAACCCGCAAAAGCUACCUCACAAUUUCGUUCAGUGGAAUUCAGACUACCAGCCCCCCGGGGUGACGCGGAUGUGGAAUGCAUGGUUGUUCGACCGUCUGGGACGCACCAACAUGUUACACCAACCAUUAACCCGGACGAUACAAUAACGAUAAUGUAUGAUCCUGUUGAACAGGGCAUGCAUGAGCUUCAUGUGAAUGGCAUCACUCGUGCGAAGCCGGGCGACAUCAGGAGUAGCACUGUGGCUAUGCCAUUGCAAGGCAGCCCGUAUCGUUUUUUCGUGGAUUUCGUGACUACCGGUCACGUCACUGCCUACGGACCUGGUUUGAGUCACGGAGUAACCAACCAACCAGCAGAGUUUACAAUCAAUACAAAGGAUGCUGGAGGAGUUCGUAUAUCUUCCAAAAUAGGUGGUCUAUCGCUAUCCGUUGAAGGACCUUCGAAAGCCGAAAUCAAAUGUGACGAACAUGAUGACGGAACGUGCACUGUUAGAUAUUAUCCAUCAGCUCCCGGUGACUACCAGGUUGCCAUCAAAUUCAAGGAUCAGCAUAUUUCAGGAUCACCGUUCCCGGCAAAGAUAAUUGGUGACACCUACACUCGUGCGCAGCUGAAUUUGGGCGCCACCAGCGAUAUAGCGUUGGAAGCAUUUGGCGACGAUAUCUCAACGCUAACUGCCAACGUACAGUCUGUUUCGGGUCGUGAGGAGCCCUGUGUACUCAAAAGACUGCCGAACAACCGACUCGGGAUAUCAUUUACACCGAGGGAAAUUGGUGAGCAUUUGAUCAGCGUAUAUCAGGCAGGAGAGCACAUAACGAACAGUCCAUUCCGUAUUCGAAUAUCAGAGAAAGAAAUCGGUGACCCGAGGCGUGUGCGUGUCACUGGUCCUGGGCUGAUAUCUGGCGUAGCAAAUCAACCUAACCAUUUCACUGUUGACACCAGGGACGCGGGUUACGCAGGUUUGAGCCUUUCUAUUGAAGGGCCAAGCAAAGCGGAGAUAGACUGUCAAGACAAUCAUGACGGCACCUGCUCAGUCAUGUACCUGCCAACUGAACCGGGCAUGUAUAUUAUCAACGUGAAAUAUGCCGACGUGCAUGUCCCCAACAGUCCUUUCACUGUGGAUGUUGGUGGGAAAUCUCUGUCUCGCGUAACAGAGCGUAUAACCAGACGUCGCGAAGCCUCAACUGUGACUACCGUUGGAAGCCGUUGCGAACUUAGUUUGCGAGUUGCUGACACAACUUUACGGGACAUGACUGCAUCGGUCACCGCUCCUUCAGGAGACACCUAUCCAUGUGAGAUAGUUCAGGUGGACGCCGAUCAUUACAACAUCAAAUUCGUUCCACAGGAAAUGGGAGAACAUUUGGUCAGCGUGAAACAUAGAGGAAUCAAUAUUGCCGGUAGCCCUUUCCAAUUUACUGUUGGACCUAUUACUGAUGGUGUGGCUCAUAAAGUGCGCGCAACUGGUCCUAAUCUACAACGAGGCUUCACAAAUGCCAUUAAUGAAUUCACAAUCUACACGCGGGAGGCGGGUGCCGGAACGUUAGCUAUCGCAAUAGAAGGACCAAGCAGAGCAGGCAUUGACUGUGUGGAACGCGCAGACGGGUCUUCUGUCGUCUCGUACCAAGUCUCACUACCUGGAACAUACCACUGCUCAAUCAAAUUCAACGAUGUGCAUAUUCCAUACUCUCCGUUCGCCAUUCAGAUAGCUGACUCUGGCCGCACUGGACGUGUAGCGUCUUAUGCGGUUCCUUCGCAGGUUUCAGGUCUUCAAGAGACUGCACCGGUCGGAUCGGAAGAAUUUCCCUCCCAGAUCGGUCGACCAGUUGCGUUCACCGUACACCACCAGUUAGUUGGUGGACAGGUUUUACGUGCUCGGGUCCAAGCUCCAUCCGGACUCAUUGAGGAAGCUGGUAUACAGCAGGUUGAUCGAGAUCAGUUCGUGGUUCGCUUCGUGCCCAUGGAGAGUGGUCCUCACUUUGUCUAUGUGCAUAUCGUCCCGGUUGAAAUGAAUGACAUGAAUGUCGAAUUGGGACCGGGAUCACCUUAUCCACCGUUGGAGGGUUCACCUUUCAGACUCGUUAUUAGCCACCAACCGGCUGAUCCUUCCAUGGUGCACGCGAAUGGUGAAGGACUACGUCGCGGUAGAGUCGGAGAGAAGAACACAUUCUUUGUGCAUACUGCAAACGCCGGAAGUGGUGUUUUAAACGUCACCGUCGAUGGCCCAAGCAAGGUCACUCUAACUACGCAAGAACAAGAUGAGGGUUACUCGUUUUCUUACGUGCCAACAGCUCCAGGUUCCUAUGAAAUCAGCAUCAAGUAUGGAGGCAACCACCAUAUUAACGGCUCUCCCUUCAAGGCUGAGAUCACUGGUUCUAUUAGGAGUCCAACUGUGCUGAAUAGUCGUGUGGCUGACCGGACGUCGAACGUCGUCCUUGAAACCAUAGAGAAAAGUAUAGUAGACUACCAGGCGUCACGUGUGUCCCAAAACCUGAGAGACAAUCAAGCCGACCGUGUUCGCUGUGAAGGCAUGGGACUGAAACGAGCCGACAUUCAGGGUGUCAACUACUUCACUGUGGAUGCUAGCGAUGCAGGCACUGAAAUUCUGCUAGUGGGUAUUUGCGGCCCAACUCGUCCGUUUGAAGAAGUCAAAGUCAACCACCUUGGCAAUAAUCGCUAUUCCGUAUCUUACCGUGUGAAUGAGAAAGGUCGACAUUGGUUGCUUGUCAAAUGGGGUGACCAUCACGUUCCCGGCAGUCCUUUUACAGUAGAUGUGCCUUAGGCGCAUUCGAAGUUUACCUCCUCUUCAGUUACUCCUCUAUUACUUGAUGAAACCAGGUCGCACAAUGUGCGCCGAUCAUUCAUUUCGCAGUCCAACACCCCCGAACCGUUACUGGCGUUUACUGACAGAGCCGUUUCGUUUACCGAUUUUCGUUCCUUCCUCUGCAGCUCCAACGCUGCAUUUCAUCAGUGCCUUUUCAGGUGUACAACAGUGCCCCGCCAAUUCGAUCUACUGCUUUAAAUUAUCUUGUUUGUACGUGCAACUUUUCCAUUUCUCCAACUUAUUUACUGGAGACUUGCUCAUUACAGCAUCGCCUGAUUUUCUCCGUUGAGUCGUUUUUUGAAUAUCCAACUACCUUUUUCUCCGCAGACCCGUUGCCGCAAUGCCUUCUUGCAGCCUGUGCUUUCUGAGUAGGAAGCCCGCCUUCAGUUUUUUUGGCCACUGUAUUCUAGAAUGCAAUUCAAUUUUCUCAGUGCUUUCUACUUUCGCGCCACUACUGGUAACGAUUCCUAGUAGACAGAAAAUCGGCUCUUUUCUAGUGUAUCAAAGUUUGCCUCCUAAUGGUUAAUCCUUGCGUCUGUCAGACACACGUUAUCAUUUAUUCUAAAGGAUUCCUUUAUCAUGUUGUAUGAAAUACAAGCCGCACUAUUUAA